GCGGCGGCGGUGGCGGCGGUUGGACGAGUGCUGUGGGCUGACGGAGAGAUGAUAGAGGCGCCCGGCACGACCGAGGCUGGGAAACUGCUCCGCCAGCUGAAUGUCCUCCUGGAACAGGAGUCGCGGGGUCAGCCCAAGGUCUGCGGCCUGAGACUGAUGGAGGCCGCUCACGAUAACGGCCUCCGGAUGACCGCGCGGCUCCGGGACUUUGAAGUGAAAGACCUCCUCACUUUAACCCAGUUCUUCGGCUUCGACGGCGAGACGUUCUCUCUGGCCGUGAACCUCCUGGACAGGUUUCUGUCAAAGAUGAAGGUUCAACCUAAACAUCUUGGGUGUGUUGGAUUGAGCUGUUUCUAUCUGGCUGUAAAGUCAACACAAGAGGAGAGAAAUGUCCCACUAGCCUCUGACUUAAUCCGAAUAAGCCAAUAUAAAUUCACCGUUUCUGACCUGAUGAGGAUGGAGAAGAUCGUACUGGAGAAGGUGUGUUGGAAGAUCAAAGCUACUACAGCUUUCCAGUUGCUCCAACUCUAUUAUUCACUCAUUCAUGAGAAUUUACCCCAGGAAAGGAGAAAGAAUCUUAUUUUUGAGAGACUGGAAGCCCAACUUAAAGCGUGCCAUUGCAGGAUCGUGUUUUCUAAAGCUAAGCCUUCUGUGUUGGCACUGUCUAUAAUUGCUUUGGAGAUUCAAGCCCAAAAAAUUCUGGAAUUAACAGAAACUAUAGAGGCUCUUCAAAAGCAUUCCAAGAUAAAUGCCAGAGAUCUGACCUUCUGGCAAGAACUCGUCACAAAGUGCCUCGCAGAGUAUUCUUCCAACAAAUGUUCCCAACCAAACGGUCACAGGUUGAAAUGGAUCGUGUCUGGACGUACGGCCCGGCAAUUAAAGCACAGCUAUUACAAAAUAGCACAUCUUCCGACGAUUCCUGAGACUGGGCUCUAAUAGGUUUACUAGCGAAGAAGGAUUCAACUUGCGGAAGACUCGCUACCCGAACCGAGCUGUGAACUUCGCCGAGAGGGCAUUUAAGCUGUGAAGCCUGACGCGUAGCAACGAGUUUAGCACUGAAGUUCAGACUAGUUACUGCUAUUAUAGUCUGUUGUGAGGAUGACCCUUUUUGAAGCAAGUGUGUGACUAAAUCAUAAUAUGAAACUUAGAUACAUUUACAUGGGUUUCGAGAUACUAAGAAGAAAGACUCGGGUUCAAGUUGACGUUUCCAGAACCAAAACUAUACGGCUUUAUAGUUCAUUUGGGUCAGUACGAUGAGCUUUGGUGAUGUUGAAAGCAACAGGGCCUAUUGAAUUGUAAAAACUAAAUAAUCUUGAGUCUUCUGAUAGAAGGUCCUCAAAACAUAGGUCACCAAACAAUGCAACAUGCACUUUAGUACGGCUGUGACUGCUACAUUUCAAAACUGGAUAAACUACCUUCAGAGAAUUUAUGGUAGAUAAUUUGAAGAGUAGAAAGUAUAUUUUUGGGGGGGAGUUCCCCUAGUGCUUGGAAUGAUUCUGAACCAGCUUAAACAGAAUUUGAAGUACUCCGACUUACUGCCUAAAUAAACUAUCUUCCUGAACGAGUGAUUUUUAUGUUCCUUAUACAGAAUUUUAUACAGAAUGAUGUUUUAUUACAUUCUGUAGAAAAAGGGAAUUUUCACUGCACCAUCCAAUCUUCUGAAUUGUGGAUGCCCCUAACUUCAGCUGGGUCAUCUGAGAUCUUCUGUAUAAAAAGCACAAUCUUUUGGAAACUUCAGCUUUGCAUUGCCAAUGUGAAUUCAGACCCAGUGUUAAAUAAGAUGCCUUAAGUUGUGCUUGAGAACACUCCAGAAGUUGUUGUUCUUUUAUGAAACCAUUUGGCUUCUAGAAUCAUAUUCAUCUUAUAGCCCAAAUAUCGCGCUCCAGUGGUGUGAAAGUGCUUCAGCUUUAAAAAGAAAGUAGACAAGUAGAGUAUUGCUGGAGAGACACUGUGCCACUCAAAAGUUAAAAGAAGCAGAGGGCAGGACUUCCUUUCUGUAAUUUCCUACGAUGAAAAAAUGCAAUCUACAAAUUCACUUAUGCAAUCUCUGGAGUAUUUAGUAUAUCAGUAGUGUGUCGUCUCAU